GUGGCUUUUGAAAAGUGAAUGGUACGCCGCCACGGAAUUCCAAACAAAACGAAUUUUGACGCGCUACCAGCAACAUCGUGAGCGCUCGCUUGGCCCCAAAAACCAGAGAGAGAGAGAGUGAGAAUCCCAGCCGAUCCCAGGAAAGCAAGAUCCUGACGCAAUGAGCGCCGUCGAUGCCAUUAUCAACUACAAGCGUAGUCCCAACGAGGACUUUUACGCCUUGCUCCAUUGCGAUGAGACCUCAUCGCCCGAGCAGAUCCAGGCGGAGUACAAGGUGCUGGCCCUGCAGUGCCAUCCUGACAAGAAUAGCGGCGACAAGGAGGCCGAGGCCAAGUUCCAGAACCUAAAGGAGGCCAAGGAGACUCUUUGCGAUCCGGAGAAGCGGGCCGUGUACGACAAGUGGCGCAACAGCGGCAUCUCGAUGAGCUACAAGCAGUGGCUGGGCAUGAAGGAGCAUGUCGGUCAGGUGAGAAGAUACACGAUUGCCGAGAAAGUGGAUAAAGAGUCGAUGCAUUGGGUCACCCCCAAGACCAAGGAUCGUAUGUUGCCGGAGACCGCAGAUGGACCUGGAACCGGACCGGGAGCUUUAGCCGGGGCUGGGGCUGGGUGCAGCGGCGGCGGAUUGACCGCAGCUUCCCCCAAUCCGGCCCAUCGUCGGGCCUCCGAGGGCGGUGCCGCACUCUACUAUGGCGGACGCAAGACCGAGUGGGGGGCCGAGAAUACGGAUGUGGCCAACAAGUUCCGCAACUACGAGAUCUAAACCUAAACAGGAAACAGCAAAGAGCAAAGAACGUAGGAUGGAGUUGUUAAGAGGCCGAUUUGCAGCCGAUGGGGAGUUUCAAUUUAAACAUACAUACAUACAAUAUAUACAAGCAUAUAUCAAAUCAAAGGAUCGACAUGAUGGUCGAUGCGCAAAGAGCGCAAAGCAAAGAAAUGCAAAUUAUUCCAUAAAAGUUAAUGCAAUUAUAUCAAAAUAUUCAACAAGAACAAACUUAUUAUCGAUGUGAAGUUAAUGCGUUGCAAACUACUACAGAGCACAGAUACUCUCUAUUAUAGAUACGAUACUCUUUAUAGGUGUACAAAAGAUAUAGAAAAAUGGUAAUAUAUAUUUAUGCGAAGAAACUGUAAUUUCAAUAAACGAGAAACGAGAAGGCAAAGCGUGUGCGGCAACAAUUUUAAGUUAAACUUAGUCAAAUUUUAACGAUGAAUAUACAGAUAUUUACUAUAUACAACAUAUAUAUAUAUAUAUACAUGUAUACCUAUAUUUAUGUGAAAUCGUGUAUUUGUAUAUCGAUGUUGAAUGUGUACCAUGUGCCCGUGCCCCCAAAGACAAUCCCUUGGAAAGACAUACUAAACUAUGACUAAACUUUAACUGAAACUAAAACUAAAACUAGUGAACACAGAGACACCCACCACAAAGCGAAAGCGGAACCGGAAACGAAUCCGGGCCAUUACACACAGAAAUACACAUAGUAUACACACACAUAUGAAACGUAAUGAAAGAUGGAAGAUACAUAUACACUCGUAAUAAAGCGAAUUUAAUCUUUAUAAACAAGAAACAUGAAACAUUUGCAUAGUCAAAAGAACUUUCACUUGGUGUCCUUUCAAUUGCAACUCAAAUUGCAGCAAAACUCCACAACUGACAAACUAUUUUAUUUACUAGAAGAAAAAACAAUAUAUCGAGAGAUAUAAAAAAUUAAAAAAAAGAGAAAUUUAUAUAAAUGUUUUGACGGAUAGAGCGGUGAACUUUUCAACUUAUAUGCAUAUACAAACCCCAGAAAAGGACAAAAGAAUUACUGUCAUAUUAUUCGACUAUUACUAUUAUGCCAAAGAGCAGAUAAGAAAGAACACACACAUAAAAUUACUAAAUGUUGUUGCUGGAAUCAAAGGCAUUACACAUAUAUAUCUACAAUAAACACAUAUGGAUGUUUGUUUUAAGACAUACUUAUUGAAUUUAUUCAAAUACACACAUAUUGCGGAUAGAACAGACCCGAUCGGACCCGAAUCGUAGAAGCAGCUGCAUGCCACAGGCAGAAUAUGGAUUCCUCUCAUCCCGUCGGGGAAUCCCAGCUACUAGCAAAUUAUUAAUGUUGGUUAGAACUAAACUAAAAAAAAGGUCGACAAUUGUAAGCCGAGAAUGAAAUGAAUGAGUAACGAAAUAAAGAACUUGGAAAGGGGACCUCUGGAGACCGUUUCUGGAGGGACCUCAGGCAA